UGAUGUGGGAGGACGCUACCAUCUCACGCAUGAACUCACACUCCAGCUGAACUUUAUCAUCCGAAGACCAGGAUUACAUUUUACAGGGCCAUGGCAGGACAGAGGCAGGGCUGCUGGAGUUUGAAGCUCAUGAUCAUCUUCAGCCUCCUCGGCCUCAUUGAAGAGUUCGAGGUGAAAGAAGAUGAGUGGGAGGAGCUCGGCUCUGACAUCGCUGCACUGCAUCGACUCCAAGGACUGUCUGAACACAUGUUUGAUGAAAGGCUUAUGAACACCUCAACAACCAGGGGAAACGACUACCACCAAUCAAGAUUUGGAAGAUCUGUGAAAAGGCUGGACACUGAAGAAAACCCACUAACUUUGCUGGAUGGAUUUCAGGACUGUGAAAACGUCACAGCUUAUGUCAUUACGAAGGAGAAGGACUUUAAUGCCUUCUUGGCACAUAUCGAGAAACAGAAGGUCCAAGACUGGCUGCUGGGUGCUUCAGAGAUCUCACACAGCUACAACCAAAAACUUCUGAUCAUGACCGACACAGAGAAAUCCACCAGUGACAGAGUCCAGCAGGAAUACAGCAUGGAUCCUCAUUACUCCGUGAAAGUCACCACGGACUGCCUGUUCAACGACUCCUGUGUACCAGCAGCAGACAGCUACACUGUAGUCAAAAUAUUUGGAAGUGUUUCAGAAGAUGGACAAACUGUGUCUGGACUUGAUGGAUCUUCACUUGCAAAGCUGAUGUUGAAACCAUCUCUGGAAGCGGCUCCAGUUUUCUCUCUCGAUGGAAACACAACCACACAGUUCCAACAGAACUUCAUUCGGGUUUUUAUGCUCCGCGGCCUCCAAACAGUCUUAGAAACCAACCAAAACAAUCAGCAGAUUUACCAGGUGAUGGAUCGACCUGACUCAGUUUCCAGCUACAAAAUCCCACAAAGACCAGCUGAUCACAGCACACAGUAUGACCACCAGCAGAUCGUAAUGAUGGAAAAUGACCCUGUGGUCAUAAAAGCUGCUGAAUAUUUGUAUGAGAAACAUCCAGCAGUCAGUUCUGUCUAUGUUCUUGAUGAAAACCAAAGACCCAAACUGAUCCACGGUGAACCAGUGUCUCUGUCAGAGGACAGCAGACUGGUGCUGGUAGGUCAUGGUGAAAGAGACAACGCAGGAGAAAUGAGACUGUCAGGAUACAGUUCAGGAGAGGUGGCAAAAAUCAUCGAAAGGACAAACAGAGGCAGCGAUAAAAUCAAAACAACAAGUGUGGUGGCCUGUGAGGUCGGAUCAGACCAACGAUUCAUGGAAACUCUGCUGAGGGACCUCCAUAAAAAUGACAUCAAGACAGAGCUUCAUAUGAGGGACGCUCUCGUCCAAGUCACACACACAGGAAAGAAAAUCACUCAGGAAAUCUCUCCAGAGGGGCUGCAAUGGAGACAUAAAGACAACAGCAAGAAAGUGGUGGCAAUACUUGAUAGCAACGGAGAUGUAAUAAUGAGAAACGAGCCUGGGAGUAAAGGAGAGGCUGUUUUUACCAAUGAAAGAAACUUUCUGGGUGGAGGAGAAAACAGGGGAAACAAAAAAACACUAAAAAAAUUUAUAAGAGAAGACAGCUGGCCAGAUGAACCAAAGAGGUUUGUUGACCCAGAGGUUUUUAACAAGAUUGACCAAAAUGAAGUUAACGAGAUGAAAUCUGCCAUUGAUGAACUCGAGGCUCUGUCUUGGGGAAUCUUUCACUCAGAUCAACCAGUACCAAAGAAAAUCAGUGUCAACAAUGCAAAACAAAUAAAAGGAUAUUUAAUAGGGAAAAGAGAAAAAAAGAUUAUAAAAGAGGAAACUAAAACAACUAUUAGGUGGAUAGAUGAUGAUGAAGGUGAAAAAAGACGACUCCUUAAUGAAUGUUAUGAGAUUAAAUCAGGAGAAGAUAUAAAAAAUAUAAUACGUCAUUAUGCAAAGAAUGGAGAAAAAAAGACUACAUACCUGAAGAUCAAUGACUGGAUAUAUGAAGUUGACCCUCGGAGUCUGUACGUGUAUCCAGUUGGAAAAAAGCUUGACAACAAUGAAAUAGAAAACAACAAUAAUGUAAUUGAUGAUAUUAAGAAAUGUAUUAAUGAACAGGUGGGGAACGAAAAAUACCCAGACAUGCGAGACAAGAUUUUUAAAAAUGUAAAGAAUGAAAAAAUGAAUAAUAACGAAAAAAAACAACAAAAGCAAAGAUAUGCUGAAUAUGUAGAAAAUACUUUUCGUGGGGAGCACCCAGGUGUUUUUAAAGGAAGUCAUUCCAUGAAGGCCUGGUUCACCACGUAUUUCACUGCAACAGUUAUAUCUGAAUCUGCAAGAAAUUUCCGGACGUUCCCUCUGACUCUUAUGGCCCUGGAUCUGGUUCAAAGCAAGGACAAUAAUAUCCGACAGAAAGGACUGGAUUUCUUCUUUGACAAUCAUCCAAUGACAAGAGGAGGCAGUUGGAUUGACCCGAGCAGACGAGGAUUCACAGGCUCAGCAACACAUGAAGAUUCCAGCAAAUUAACAAAUCAAGAAGAACACCGUAAAACUGAGGAGGAGCUAAUGGGUAGCCUUGUUGACCUUGUAAAACGAGAGGGUAACUUCUUUACAGAAUGGAAGGAAACCGUUGGUAAUGGUGAAAGUGAUGUGGUGAAACGCAUAACUGAACUUUCAAACACCUACAAAACAGUGACGGAUAAUUCAGACUUUCAAAAAAAAUACAAUGAUUUCAAAACAGACACCAACAAGAUAACACAACCUGACGAUCACAGAAAACCUUCCACAUCUGGAACACUGGGAGGAUACGAUGAUGGCUACGUCACAAUGCGAGACCUGAAUUCAGCCUCAGAAUUAGAAAAUACCUUCAAACAUGAAUCUUAUUUCUCUAGAGCAUCAGCAUCGUUGGCUGAAGACGUCCAUGCUGCACUACAGGACAGAUACGGUGAAACUCUGGCAGGAAUGCACCUUCAGGAGGGAACGGCCCGAAUAGAAAACGGACAGUUUGUAUGUAAGCUCGUGUCAGAGAGAGCUGGUGCUGAGCCCGUGGAGUUCAGGGCUGAUUUAUCUCCACAGAGUCAACAUUACAGUGAAAAGAUGUGGAAGAACAUUGAGACAUCAGUGCAUGAGAUGGAGGAGCACAGUUCAGCAUCCUCCCAUCAGGUCAACAAGUAUGUAGAGAGGACUGGAACUCCUGUUGGAGCUCUGGGUCUCAUGCUGGGACUGAAAGGAGCUGCUCGUGCCUUUGAAGAGGGAAACAUCGAAGAUGGUGUGAUGGGCUCUUUGCAGACGGCUCAUGGAGUGACGGCUAUGACAACAUCUGCUAUUGCAAGCAAAGCUUUGACCUCAGAGUCAAGAAUCGCAAAAGCUGCAACAACGAUCAUGAGGAGUCCUGCAAUGAAGCGUUUUAUGGUAGUUAUACCAAUAGUGGGAAUUGGAUUUGGGAUCUACAAUGUGAUAGAAGAUUUUAAAAGAGGAGAUGCUCUGGGAUACAUUGAUGCUGCGUUAGAUAUAAUCAUGGUUGAGUUAGAUGUUGUUGAGCUUGUUCAGCCUGAACUGGCACCUUUCAUCGCACCUAUAAAUCUGGCUCUAUCAGUAGUGCGGAUGGCCAUUGAUGAUGUUUAUAUGGGCAUCCAGAAUGAACUGAACAGCCUCCCAGCGGACGCUGGAGUUUUGGACAAAAUAGCUGCUGUUUUUGUUGGCUUUGGAAAAGGGAUCAUGCACUUUGCUAUACAUGUGGCUAGUUUUUUUUAUGACUGGCAUUAUGAUGAAAUUGAGGAGGGAUGAAGACUUGUUGCACAGA